ACAAAUCUUUUAAUCUUGAAGCCCUGCAACGAACUCCAACUAAUGAAGCUGCUUGAAGCCCUGCAACGAACUCCAACUAAUGAAACUGCGGGUGGAAAUUGGAGGGCAGGCGUUUGCUCCCAACGCUACGCCGAGGUCUGUGAGGCGGAGAGGGAGUUGCACAGUACUGCAGCAAGGAGGUUGCCUUGUUGGAGCAGCAGGGCGUUUGGAGGGUGUUGCACCCUAAUGCUGAUGAGGUCAGUCGGGGGGCGGUGGUUGCUGGGAAGGCGGGGCAGGCUGCAGUACUCGGGUUUCUUUCUCCUGCAGCACAGAUGUGCCUGCUGUAGCACCGGACCCGGUGCGAAGUCGACCGUGCCGCCUAUGUGACAGCGGCAGGGAUAGCGGGCGAUUCCCUCAGCAUCCCCGCUCCCGGGGAGACGGCGGUGGCGCCAGGUGAACGCAGCUCUGAGAAAUUCUCCCCACGCAUCCUGCUCCCGCUGCUGCGCGCAGCUGUGGCUGCAGGUUCCCGAGUGGCAGCUGCUGCUGGCGGACUCGACUUGUCCCACUUCGUGCGUGGCAGGGGACGGGCGGCUGCGGGUCAGGGGGCUCUUGGGGCAGAGUUUGUACAGUUGGCUGGAGAGCUGCUGCGCCGCCCGGAGAUGGGAAGGCAGAGCCUGCGCUCGGGCAUCCUCCUGUUGGCGGCUCUGGCGUCUCUAAAAGGCGAGAAGCUGCCAAACUGCGAGGACGCUCGGAAAGUUUUCCAGCUGCUGCAGAUCGGCCCCGCCAAGGGGCUGCCGGAGACCCCGCGGGCAGGGGCUGAUCUUCAAGUUUGUACAUCUAAAAAUCUAACGUGUUGUACCAAAAAGAUGGAGGAGAAAUACCAGAUUGUAGUAAAGCAGGAUAUACAACAAGUGCUUCAAACAUCAAGCUCUACUUUAAAGUUUUUAAUAUCUCAUAAUGCAGCUGCUUUUCAAGAAACCUUUGAAAUGCUUAUCAGACAGGCUGAGAAUUACACAAGCAUACUUUUCUGCAACACAUACAGAAACAUGGCUGUCGAGGCUGCUAUGGCCGUUCAAGAGUUUUUUACAGAUGUGGGACUCUUUGUAUUUGGCAUAGACAUUAGUACAGAAGAACUGGUGAACAGAUUUUUUGACACCCUGUUCCCACUAGUCUAUAACCAUCUGAUUAAUCCUGGUCUGACUGACAUUUCACUGGAAUAUUCAGAAUGCAUUCGAAUGUCACAAAGAGAUUUCAGUCCUUUUGGUAAUGUUCCAAAAGUAGUCAUGGGACAAAUGGGGAGAUCAUUUUUAUCCAGUCGUACUUUUUUGCAGGCCCUCAAUUUAGGGAUUGAAGUGAUCAAUACAACAGAUCAUUUGCAGUUCUCUAAAGACUGUAGCAGAGCCUUACUACGAAUGCAAUAUUGCCCCCACUGCCAAGGAAUGACUUUAAGUAAGCCAUGUAUGGGGUACUGCCUGAAUGUACUCAGAGGCUGCUUGGCUAACAUGGCAGAAAUUGACCUUCACUGGCGGAGAUAUAUUCAGUCAUUGGAAGAGUUAUCCAGUACAAUGCAUGGGACAUAUGACAUUGAGCACGUACUUCUGAACUUUCACUCACUUGUUAAUGAUGCUCUGACACAUGCUAGUAUCAAUGGACCAAAAGUAACUGAACAGGUAAACAAGAUAUGUGGUCAUCCUGUGAGAAAGCCGACAUUGUCGCCAGGUUAUUCUGAUCAGAACAAACAUAAUCAAGGGAUGAAGAUGUCUGCAAGAGACAAUGAAGAAACACUGGCCAACAGAAGAAAAGAAUUUAUGAAAAAUCUACAGCUGUACAAGACAUUCUAUGGAGGCCUGGCUGAUCAGCUGUGUAUCAAUGAGUUAGCAGCUGCUGAUGGGCUAGCAUGUUGGAAUGGUGAAGAUGUCGUAAAAAGGUCACCCAGAACGGUGUUACCUCUCUUCUUCAGCAAGAGUGAGCUUUGCUGCUGCUAAGCUGUGUGUCAGCAUCCCAACAAAUGAGCAUGUCUGUCUUGCCAGCAAACUCCUCAGGCCUUUGCCAGU